AUGGCCAGCCGGGGUGGGGGCCGGGGUCGUGGCCGGGGCCAGUUGACUUUCAACGUGGAGGCCGUGGGCAUUGGGAAGGGAGAUGCUUUGCCUCCACCCACCCUGCAGCCUUCUCCACUCUUCCCUCCCUUGGAGUUCUACCCAGUGCCUCUGCCCUCUGGAGAGGAAGGGGAAUACGUCCUGGCACUGAAGCAGGAGCUACGAGGGGCCAUGAGGCAGCUCCCCUACUUCAUCCGGCCAGCUGUCCCCAAGAGAGAUGUGGAGCGUUACUCAGACAAAUACCAGAUGUCAGGGCCAGUUGACAAUGCCAUCGAUUGGAACCCUGACUGGAGACGUCUACCCCGGGAGCUAAAGAUCCGGGUGCGGAAGCUGCAGAAGGAGCGGACCACCAUCCUACUUCCCAAGAGGCCCCCUAAAGCUCCAGAAGAUAAGGAGGAAACAAUACAGAAACUGGAGACCCUGGAGAAGAAGGAGGAAGAAGUGACUUCAGAGGAAGAUGAGGAGAAAGAAGAAGAAGAAGAGAAGGAAGAGGAAGAAGAAGAGGAGUACGAUGAAGAAGAACAUGAAGAGGAAACUGAUUACAUCAUGUCAUAUUUUGACAAUGGAGAAGAUUUUGGGGGUGACAGUGAUGACAACAUGGAUGAAGCUAUAUACUGAAGAAGGACCCUAAACAAUAUCCCAGAUUUUCAUAUCUUUCUGGAUUUGAAAUGCAGAGAAUAACCAUCCCUAGUAUUUGGUUUUGUGGAUAAGCAAGUCGUUCUUCUGACUCUUCUCAGAGUCCAGAUAACGUUUUUGGUGCCUGCAGGUGGGAGUGGAGAUGAAAACAGGUAGCCCUCUUUUCUAUACUUUUCUCUCCCUUUGCCCUUAUAUCACCUUUGAUAUCUUGUGGAAAGGGCAAAGGACCAAUGUCCUAAAUGUAUAAAAGGGAGAAAGGAGAAUCAAAAGAAGAAAAACCUGGGAUUGUUAGAUUUGAGACAGCUGUAUACAUACCGCUACCCAUUUUUACAGCUCUUUGUGGAGCUAAUUGGGGGUGGGAGCACUUAGGAGGAGUUAGGCCAGUUUUAUAUUUUUAAAUAAAAUGUUUUUAUUUGUC